AUGGAAAUGCUGGCAAGGACCAUCAAGUACCUGCAGCUCAACCCAGCCUCCCAGGCUAAGCUGACCAUGCUCAACACGGUGUGCAAGAUCCAGGGCCAGGUGAAGAACCCCGGCUACCCACAGUGGGAGGGGCUCCUGAGCGAGUGCCUGAUCCGCCACCAGGAGCUGGGCAACAAGUCCAACUUUAGUGACACACUGCUGGAUGCCGGCGAGUCCAUGAAGCACCUGGCAGAGGUGAAGGACUCCCUGGACAUAGAAGUCAAGUAG